AUGAAAUUCAUGUUCAUGUUCAUGGCAUGGAGAUCAGUUGCGGAGCGGACCUCGGAGCGGAGAGCUUAUCGAAAUCAAUAUCGAAGAGACGAUGUCUUCCACUACCACAGAAGACCGAAAUGCGAUACACCCACAUCUGGUGGUCUUGACGAUGAAUCAAUGGGCUCCCUUAUGGGGUAUAUUAUCGAAGCCCGCUCUAGGCAUUGUCCUUGGAAAGGCAGAUCAUUCAUCAUCCGCUGCCCUUUGACAGGCCUUGUUAUUGGGCUUCGGAGAGGCAUUUUACGCCUUGUGCCUGAAGACAGUGAGUACUUGGGUGGUAUCCACUGGUCAUGCGUCGAAUCCGACGAGAGAUUGUUGGGGUUUCAAAACGUGGUUUCCGGCACCUUUCUCGGGCGUAAUAACAAGGGUGAAUUUAUCGCGGAGGCUAAGUUGCACCGGGACUACGAAUCGUUUUGUGUGCGACAACAUCCGAAUGGCGGCUAUGUCCUCCUCGUAAAUCGGGGCAGUGGAUUCUUGCCGAUGCGGAGAAACGGCACACAGCUCGUGGUCGGCACUAACAAAGAUGAGGGCAUAGCAUGGGAUUUUUCUCGUGUCGGACAGGACCAUGAUAUUUGA